AUAAUAAUUUAUUCAUUGAAACGAUUUCAAUUAGCAGUGUAUAUUCAAAUAGUGCAACAAUUCUCUAAAAGAAGAAAAAAAAACAAUUGUAUUUACUUGGUAUUAAAAAUACCAUUCGAAUAGACGAAUACCACCGAAACAAGAAAAGCCGAAGACUGGCCGAUCUACCAUCGAUAAGCGCUCACUUCCUCGCUCACUCUACUAUCUCAAAUUCCACAAAAUCAUAAAUCAAUUUUCAAACAAACAAUUUCAUUUAGAAUUUAUCAAGUAAAUUCAAUGAUGAGGGUUCUGCCCUUUGGGUUACUGCUAGUUUUAGCUUCUGGGUUAUCAAUCAUUCUCAUUUACAUCACUGGAAUCUCCAAUAUUGAUUCAAAACCACGGCUUUCUGAUCAGGAUUUGGAGGCAUUACUUGCUCUUCAGAAUAGUUUUCAACAGUGUGUGAGUGCAAAUGGCUUGGGUUUGAGAGCUGUGUUUGAAAAAUAUAAUUGCAAAGUUACAAUGAAAUUUCCUGAUGAAACUGUCUCCAAAUGGAAUGACCCUAAAACAGGAGAGGCUGAAGGCUUGUCCCAUGAAUUCAAUCUUUGUGAAGCUGUGGCGACCUGGGAACAGGUUAGAAAUAGUACAACAGUCUUGACAAAGGAGUAUAUUGAUGCUCUGCCUAAUGGCUGGGAGGAUUAUGCAUGGAAAAGGAUCAACAAGGGAAUCCAGCUAAAUAAUUGCCUAAACAAGGCCCUUUGCAUGGAGAAACUCUCUCUGGUUCUUCCUCUUACACCUCCUUAUUAUCCGAAGCAGUUUCACCAUUGUGCUGUGGUAGGGAAUUCUGCAGAUCUUCUGAAAACCAAGUUUGGCCAAGAGAUAGACUCUUUUGAUGCUGUUUUCCGACAGAAUGGUGCACCUAUUCAGAACUAUUCUGAAUAUGUAGGCUCAAAGAGUACAUUCCGUCUUCUGAAUAGAGGGUCUGCAAAAGCUCUAGAUAAAGUUGCUGAGCUGUAUGAUGCUGGAAAGGAGGCCUUGAUAGUUAAAACAACUAUUCAUGACAUAAUGAGCAAAAUGAUCCGGGAAAUUCCUAUUCUCAAUCCUGUAUAUCUCAUGUUAGGUACAUCCUUUGGUUCAUCUGCUAAAGGAACGGGACUUAAAGCGCUGGAGUUUGCACUUUCUAUAUGUGACACAGUGGAUAUCUAUGGCUUCACUGUUGAUCCGGGUUAUGAAGAAUGGACUAGGUAUUUUUCUGAAUCCCGUGGAGGUCAUACUCCUUUACAUGGUCGAGCGUACUACCAGAUGAUGGAGUGCUUGGGUCUGAUCAAAAUUCAUUCUCCCAUGCGUUCUGACCCAAAUCGUGUUGUGAAGUGGCUUCCCAGCUCUAGCAUUAUUGCUGCUGCAAGGAUUGCAUCUGAGAAGAUAUUGGCGAGAGUUGGAGCUGGCUCGACCGAUCCACUAAGUCAAUGUUCCAUAAUAAAGAAGCAGCAAAUCGAUCGGAGGCCUAAAGCAACCCUCCGGAAGGCAGCUCUUGAGCACCAAAAAUAUGUCAAAGGCGCAACACUGUAUCCUGUUGAGCAUAAUCCUGGCCAUGGCUUACUUUGCACAGUACCUCAGUAAUUAGUUCUGCUGCUGGCCAUGUUCUGAACAGACAAGACAGUAAUUCUGUCAAAAAAAAGAAAAAAAAAAACUGACAAGAAAGUGAAGUUUCGGAGAGAUGGAGUAACUUGUGGAUUUAUCGCGCAAUUGAGUGUGUUUGGACCACUAUUUAUAUAUCCUGGUGGGUACAAGGGGCAGAGCAUUUUUGUCAUGUAAUUGCUUUUAAUACAUAUACAUAGAACUAGUGCGUGGCCCGGGGAGUGGCUUAGGUUUUACUUUGAAUAAUUGUUGGAUACAUGGAACUAGUGUGUGGCUCGGACAAUGACUUAGGUUUUUACAUUGAACAAUUGUUGGAUAGAAAAGUUCAUAUUUUUGUUAUUUUUUAAUUUGUUUUAAUCUAGCUAUUUAUUUAGUUGUAUUAGCUUUUCAUCUAACCUAUGAAUCUAUAUAUUUAGCUUAGCUUAUGAAUUGUAUGAUUUUGAAUAA